UCUUCUUCUCAAUUUGUUAUGAUUUUUAACAAUCAAAUCCAUUUUUUUUGGCUUCAUUGAAAGCCUUCGUUCUUUCAGUGAUGGAGUAAAGGUUGAAGCUCUGUGUGUUGUGUUUUAUUCUAUCGUUUGUGUUAUUUGGUUAGUUUUGGGGGUGGGAGUAUAGGAUGGUGAAUGAACAUUGAAGGAGUGGUGGAAAGGUGAGAGCUUUGUGAAUUUGAGUUUUUGGCUGGGUCCUGUUUGUGGAUCGAGCGCUAGGGCUGUUUAUCUGGGUGGAAAUGGGUUUGUUUGGGUGUUUAUGAGCAUUAAUGAUGUAAAGGAAGGAGCUUGCUAAGUUUGGAAAGGAUAGAUUAUCCAAUCGCUGGUAAUCUGCUUUAAUGGUGGCAAUGGGAGUAUGGGGUGAGUCUGAGGAUUUUCCGGGCUUCAUCCCUUUUCAAGAGGCGUGAAGGAUUGUGGAUAUAGAGUAAAGGUUGCGUCUUUUUGAUUUUUUUUUUCUUCAUCUUUUCUUCUUUUUCGGUUUGGGAAUCAGUGGAAAGGUGUCUUCUUUUUAAGGUGGUAGUGUUGUUCUGUUGAUCAUAUUAGUCUAGAUAUGGCUAGUUUCAAUUGUGGGAGAAGCCACUCCAACUUGCAGUGUUUCCUCAGCCGUACAACACCCUCUGUGCUCUCUUACUCGCUUCCCAAGUCAUGUUUUAAAGAUGUGAAUGAGCUAUGGCCACCUAUUGGCAAGGAUGAUAUUGAGUACUUCACUCUCUCAGACUUUUGGGAUAAUUAUACUGAAUGGAGUGCAUAUGGUGCUGGCUGUCCAAUUCUCCUUAACAAUGGCGAGACUGUAGUCCAGUAUUAUGUCCCUUACUUGUCUGCCAUCCAAAUCUACAGUAACAAACCAUUUGCUGCUUCUAGGAACACGGGGGAGGACAGCGAGACUGAUUCAUGGAGUGACGACAGUGAGAGUGAGAAGUUAUCCAGAUCUUGGGAUGCUGUAUCUGAUGACUCAUGUGUCGAUAUGGAAGGUGGCUGGCCAGGAAAGGACCGUCUUGGUCAUUUAUAUCUCCACUAUAUUGAAAAUGCUUCUCCUUAUGGAAGGGUACCGCUUAUGGUCAAGGUAAAUGAGCUAGCUCGACAUUUUCCUGGCUUGAAAUCUUUAAAGAGUGUGGAACUUUCCCCUGCUAGUUGGAUGUCUGUUGCCUGGUAUCCUAUUUAUCAUAUCCCUACCAGAAGAAACGUGAAGGAUCUUUCUGCCUGCUUUCUUACAUAUCACACCAUCUCAUCAUCUUUCCAAGACAAUACAACAGAUGGCAUGGAGAAUGAUUUAUGUUGUAAUAUCGCCGGAAAAACUGGUAAGAAGGCGAAUGAAGUCUCGCUCAGACCAUUUGGCCUAGCAGCUUACAAAAUGCAAGGCACUCUGUGGAUGAACCCGGAAACUGAUGAUCAAGAAAAAUUCAUCAACCUCUUCGACGCAGCAGACUCCUGGCUGAAGCAGCUUAGAGUCCAACACCAUGACUUCAACUACUUCAACACUCACUCAAUGUGAUCGAUCCGGCUUUCUCAUAACAUCUGACUACUAGUUUGUCCAUAUCCUCGUCUUUUCUUGAAAUCGAACUAAUCGGCUCCUUUGCCUGAGAGGUUGUGUUUCUAACUUAUUACCCUUUUUUGUGCAUGCUUUUUUACAUCGUUGUCGUCGAGAACCUGUUUCUGUGAAUCAAGUAAAACAAGUUGCUUUGAACAACAACAUAUCUGGAAUCUGCUUCUGCUUCUGAUUCUUAUCAAGUUACUUGAAACUUUUGAUGACAAGGAUAAAGAAAGAUGCUCAUCAAUAAUGCAGUAAAAAUCAGGAAAAAGAAGAGCUUGGAAUUGUUUGAGAUACCUUGAUUUGUGAUUGUCAUUGCUUCUCCCUUCACUAACUUAUUCAGCACUAAUGUCUUUCAACAUCUUGAAGUGUUUACUUAUUAAUAUUAUUUUCAAUGGUUUGAAUCAA